CUCCAAGGUCACGCGAAUAUUCAAAAUACGGCUGAGUAAUGGUUUCGGCUGCACAAACUGUUGAUGGCGAAGAAAGUCGUGACCAGCUAAUCGAAAAGUAUCAAAAUAUAGUCAAAAGUGAUGUUGGAUCAGACGAAGCAGAAAUCAAGGUAAAAGAACAGGCCAUACUGGAACUGGGAAAUUUACUGGCAGACACUAAAAAUGCCAAAGGAUUAGCAGAUCUUAUUUUAAUAACUCGUCCGUUUCUCAAACAUAUCAGUAAAGCCAAGGCUGGCCGACUUGUUAGAACUUUAGUGGACUUAUUUUUGGACCUUGAGGGGGGUACUGGUCGGGAGGUUGAUCUCUGUCGGGAUUGCAUCGAAUGGGCCAAUCAAGAACGACGCGUUUUUCUUCGUCAGGCACUGGAAACUCGUCUUAUGGGUCUCUAUUACGAAAAUGGAAGCUAUGAAGAAGCAUUAAAACUAGGUUCUAGCUUGUUGCGGGAGCUUAAAAAACUGGACGAUAAAGCCCUCUUGGUUGAGGUGCAGCUAAUGGAGAGUCGUGUAUACUACAUGUUAGGAAAUCUACAACGAGCCCGUGCUGCACUCACAUCAGCACGAACUACCGCAAAUGGCAUAUACUGCCCACCACGGUUACAAGCCAAUCUUGAUCUUCUUUCAGGGAUUCUGCACGCUGCUGAUGAACGUGAUUUCAAAACUGCCUUUUCUUACUUCUAUGAAGCAUUCGAAGGCUUUGAUUCCAUCAAUUCCAAACGUGCUGUCGAUGCUCUUAAAUACAUGUUACUCUCCAAAAUAAUGCUAAACUGUGCUGAUGAAAUCCCAAGUAUUCUUACAACUAAACUAGCUUUAAAGUAUACAAGUCGUGAUAUUGAUGCUAUGCGAGAGGUUGGAGUAGCUGCCAAAGAACGAUCACUUGGAGAUUUCUUACUGCUUCAAGAAAAGUAUAAAACAGAAUUAUCUGGAGACCCAGUGAUAAGCAGACAUCUGAAAACAUUUUAUGACACAUUGUUUGGACAGAAUCUUCUUAAACUUAUUGAACCGUAUUCCCGUGUUCAAAUUGGUCAUAUCGCUAAACUUAUCAAUAUUCCUUUGGAAACUGUGGAGAAGAAGCUUUCACAGAUGAUUUUAGACAAUGAACAUAAUGGAAUUUUGGAUCAAGGCUCCGGAGUUUUGGUGCUAAGAGAACCAGAAUGUGAAGGUAAAGAUUAUCCGCUGGCAUUAUCUGCAGUACAAUCUCUUGGUGGUAUUGUUGACAUGCUAUUCCAGAAAUCCACUAAAUUAAAAUAACUUGAAUGCUUUGACUUUGUAAUUGUUAUGAAAUAAAACUUGUUUACCUGAAA